AUGAUGUUCAAGCAGGGUUUUACCCGUCCAGAAAUGGAACCUCUGGCGCUAUUGGCCAUUAUAUGGACCUUUAUAGUCGCUGGUGAAAUCUUGGCAGUCACUUGGUCAUGCAGUGCCGUAGCGAGUGAAUCUGGUCGCACCGCAGACCUGGUACUAAAGGCGCUGCUACCUCCACCACGCAACACUGCCAGGGAUGCUGAACUGCGGUACCAGCUGCAGCUGUUCUCAAAGCAGCUGCUGCACCGGCGCCCACGCUUCACAGCCUGCGGGAUAUUUGUCAUUAACCUAAGCAAUGUUUCGUCAAUGGUAGCUGCGGUUGUAUCGUAUCUUGUUGUAAUGGCUCAGAUAAAUGCCGUAGAGGGCUUACCUGACACUUACAGACACUAG